AUGGUUAAAACCGGGAUAUUAGCAGGUUGUGGACAACCCGAGAAAGAAGAGGUGGUUGCUUUUAAAAGGUCAACUGCCUGUGCUAAAAUCACCAAAUACUUAUCUAUGUUAGAUAAGUUAAUUCAAGAAAAAGAGAUUGAAGGAGAUAUAGACCGAAUAUACGAUCUAGACAGUACUCCCGAUCUUAUGAAUGCUUCUUUAGCCCACCAACUCCUAAUCAAAAUCAACGAUCUAAUCAAUGACAUUCCCGUUGAAGAAGAUGCUAAUCAGAGAUACGGAAACAAAGGAUUUGUGACUUUUCUUGAUCGUUUACAAGAGAUUAGUGUUGCGCUUAUUAAAAACACCUUCUUUAGUGAGAAAGCAGCUGGUGAGGCUGAAAUCUUAAGUACGUAUUUAAAUGCAUCCUUUGGGAACCGCACUAGAAUUGAUUAUGGGACUGGACAUGAACUGAACUUCUUUUGUUUUCUUAUCAUUCUUCAUGAAUUAGAUAAGAUAGCAACUGAAGAGUUGUUAGUUGUUUUAGAGCAUUACUUUAGUAUGGUGCGGUUGUUGAUUUUGAAGUACAAGUUAGAGGCGGCUGGUAGUUAUGGAACGUGGGGGAUUGAUGACUAUCAGUUGUUACCUUUUGUUUUAGGGUCUUCACAGUUCUGUCGGCAUAUUGAUAUGGCCUUUGGCAGUUUAUUUAGUUUGCGCAGUCGGUGGUUGUGCUUUGCUAAGGCCUUGCGGUUUUCACAGGUGCACAAGACGUACUCUUCUUUGAAGUACAGCUUAGCCGAACGAGUAACUGCCUGUUGCACAGCUGAGAUAGAAGAACAAGACUUUGCCAAGCACUCGCCUAUGCUGUACGCCCUAAGAGAUGUUACGUUUACAAAGAUAAACAAAGGUAUGUACAAAAUGUACGAUAAUGUUGUGCUUAAUCAGUACGUAGUAAUCCAACACUUUAUUAGUAGUGAGUACUUGCCAGUCUAA